GAGCCACAAACGAAAAUUAAAAAGAAAAAGAAAAAGAGGAGGAGCACCUAAACAUGGCCUCCUCCUCCGCUCUAUGCUUCUCCCCCUUCUCCCCCACUCUCCGAGCUCCUCUCCGCCUCUCCCAUGGCGUCGUUCGCUUCUCCUCCACCCUCCCCUCCUUCAAAACCAGCCUCACCUGCUCCCCUUCCUCGUUCCCAUCCCCCCUCACUCUCCGCACCAACCUCCCCCCAUCACAAUCACCCUCGCAAACGCCCUCCUCUCUCACCGUGUUCGCGGCGAAAGGAUACAAGAUGAAGACCCACAAGGCUUCGGCGAAGCGAUUCCGUGUGACGGGGAGUGGGAAGAUAGUGAGGAGGCGCUCCGGGAAGCAGCACUUGCUGGGGAAGAAGAACACCAAGCGGAAGCUUCGCCUUUCCAAGAUGCACCCUGUUAAUAGAAGUGAUUAUGAUAAUGUGAUCGGUGCGCUUCCUUACCUCAAAGUGAAUCGAAAGGCAACUUGAUGUUCCAGCAAACCUGGGAAAGGAUAAUUGGAGUUAUUAAUUCUCUUGAUUGUAAUUUUUCCUAUCUACUUAUCAUUUGGAAAUGUAAGUUCCUGAUUGCCUUUUUUUCGGUUUAUGCUGAAAUUUUUAAGAUGAUACUAUGAGAUUGUUCUCUUUCCCAGUUUUUUUUUUUUUUUUUUUAUCAUUAUUGCAAAAUGGUAUGAUCUUUCAAUGUUUGACUUUUACCCUCUCGACUAAAGCAGGAUACUGCAAUUUACUACUGUAAUAACUACUAAA